UAUUUAAAUGCCGUGGUUGUCAUGAGAGUUGUUGUUGGUGCUGGGGAAGACAGAACAGGCAGUUUAAUUUGUCGUUCUAAUGGAGCAAUCAUGGGAGAAUUGGCCUCUUGAUAUGGGAAUGGAGGAAGACAGGGAUCUGAGGGAUGAGGAGGAGUUCCUGAGAAACAUCCUCAGUGAACCUUCUGAGAGUGAGAUGGUAACCGUUGGGUCAGCCAAAAGGCCUCCGAGGACAUACAUUUUGUCUUUUGAUAACUCCACCAUAAUACCAGCUACUCCUGAACCCACUUCCAGAAAACGCACACGCCAGCCACAAAAUCUCAACUUAGAACCAAUUAAACCAAACCCCAACACCCAGCCUGGAAAGAGGGGUAGAAGCUGUUCCCAGACUCUGGAUCACAUUAUGGCCGAAAGAAAAAGGAGACAGGAACUCACCCAGAAGUUCAUUGCUCUUUCAGCCACUAUCCCUGGCUUGAAGAAGACGGACAAGAGUUCUAUACUUGGCGAAGCAAUUGAUUACGUGAAACAACUUCAAGAACGCGUGACGGAGCUUGAACAGAGAAACAUGAGAGGGAAAGAAUCAAUGAUAAUCCUCAAGAAGAGUGAAGUGUGUAACUCAAGUGAAACAAAUUCUGAGGAUUGCUGUAGAGCCAGCGAAAUGCUCCCUGAUGUUGAAGCAAGAGUGAUGGAGAAUGAGGUACUCAUUGAGAUCCAUUGCGAGAAGGAAGAUGGGGUUGAGCUCAAAAUAUUGGACCACCUUGAAAAUCUUCAACUCUGUGUCACCGCCAGCAGCGUAUUGCCCUUUGGGAAUUCAACUCUUGGUAUUACUAUUAUCGCUCAGAUGGGUGACGCGUACAAAAUGAAGGUGAAUGAUCUAGUCCCAAAACUAAGACAAGUGCUGUUGAAUCGCAUGAACGUCAAUACCGAUCCGUACUAGUGUAUCAAAUUAUUCAAGCAGAUUGUUGUGUACGGACUCACUCUUUUUCUUCUUCUUUUUUUUUAUUUAUUUUUUGUGGUCCGAUCGCGUAUGAACUUUGAAGCUGUAAAGGUUUGACAAGUUUGUUGGGCUUUGUGUAGGAGUUUGAUCUUUAUGCUUUUAUGAGUAGGUAGCACUUUAUAGUUUUGUGUGUGUCUUGUGCUGCUCGAGUAACAGCACAUCUCUCAUGUGCAAUCUUCCCGUUCGUGCUCUUGUACAUAACAUCAAUCAAACGUGUUUGGGAUGAACUCAUGUUCCGUUAUUAUUGUUAUUAUUAUUAGGUUUAAUUACU